AGAUGAUCCAACUACAGCAACAGUUCCAACAACUCCAGCAUUCCAUCCAGCACUCGGCAACCCCUGCUGCUACCAUGACAAUGAUGCCUCCCACCAUGUACCCCCAUCCCUCUCUGGUUGCCAUGACGAUGGGUGGAAUGCCAGGAAUGGGCCACUCGGUUGCCAUGCCAACAUCUGGGAUGGUUCCCAUGAACGCGAUGAUGGGCCAGUUCAGUCCAGCAACAUACUCCCCUCCUCACCCUCCACUUAUCACCUCCACACCUACCUCUCAGGAGAAGCCACACCGACAAAAUGAUGUAAUCCCAGAGGAAAAGCCCCGCCCCCAAGGAGCCGGAACAAGUCGACCGGAUAGUGAGGGGCCCAGUGAUUUAACAGCUCAGCUGCGGGCAGGAGCUCUGGGUCCAAUGGAGCCUCAGUUUGACAAGCUCAUGGAGGAUGUUAGGGAAGCUGAGCAGUCCGCAUUGCUGAGGAAGGUAGGAACUGAACCUCUCUUUUCCAGCUCACCCACCCACACCCUGCCUCAGGUGCCUGUGGAGCUGGCUGACAAGGAAGGAGACGGAUCCUACUCAGGAAUGGCAGCUGUUCUGGCUGAGGCUCUCAGAGAACGCAGGAAGCAGCUGACAACAACUGACAGACUCAACCAAACUUCUGUCUCACUUGAUUUGGACGACUCAAGAUUUUCUGAGUGGGACUCCUAACAACUUGGCUACUUUUUCACUGGCGUUUUUACUACAUACACAGUUCAACUUACUAUAACUGAUGUUUUAUAGAGCUUAUUUUUUACCCUCGGUGCACAUCCACAGCGAGGGUUACAGUAUAUACCUAAUUGGUUUGUCACUGUGUAGUGUGUGUGUUUUAUUUAUUAAUUUGUCUGCUCAUUGAUUUUCAUGCUAGCAUCGCAGUUUUGGUGAG